AAUGAUAUAUAAAUUGUUUGUAGUUGGAUCAAUGAUAUACAUUGUUAUCAAAACGUUUUAAUUUUUAACAUAAUUCAGUGGAAAUUAUGUUAAAAAUCUGAAAUGGCCUGGAACUCUGAACGUGAUUGUCGUUGCAUUCGAACCUGUUUAUAAGGUGGUGAUGGACAUGAGUCUCCAUUUUCUUUCCCAAGGAGAUCUUUCAGGCGUCUGGGGCAGAGUCUAUUGGAGGAGGAGAGCUGGUUUCAAAGCUAUCAAGAUUCAGAGUGCAUUCAAGGCUUAUUUGGCCAGGAAAGCGUUGUGGGCGGGGAAGUGCAAUGGCUGGGACAGUAGUGCUCUCACGAAGGAAGAUAUAAAAGCCAUAUGGUUGAGGAAGCAAGAAGGUGUGAUCAAGCGCGAUCGUAUGUUGAAAUACUCCCGGUCUCAUCAGGAGAGAAGAAGUCCUCAUAUGCUUGAGGACUCACUGAGCACACCAAGGCAACGUGUAGGGCUCAUGGAUUCUUUGUUUGUUAACUACAAGAAGGAUGGGGAUAAAGUCUCUCUCUGGACUUCUUUUGUCUGCGAAAAUAGUAAGAUUAACAACGCUAAGAAGUCGUCUCUGACCACAUAUCAACAUAAUUGUUAAAUCUUGAACAUUCAUAUCACUUUAUUUCUCUGGUUUUCUCUUUUGUUUUGUUAUUUGGGUCUCAUAUCUCAUGUGCUUUAUAGAUAUGGUUAUGAAGAGGUCAUUUUUUUUGGUGUUUGAUGUCUUGCUUCUGUUCAUUUCUGUUCUAGAGGAAUUGGAAGCAUCUCUUAUCAAUGUGAUUCAUUUUGU